CACAGAAGAAGAAAGCUAGCCAGUACUCACACACUUCCUGUUUACGAUUCUCCAAAUGACGUCACGCGGAUAACAUUUCAUAAACAGUUUCAAAGCCGAAACCGAAAUUAACUUGCGAAACAACUCUUAAAGAGUCUUGUGACGAGUGGAAUCGAAUAUCUUCUAUUUCAGCUUCAUAUCGGAGGACCGGGGAGCCUGAACGACCAACGUGUCAGCUGCCCUGCUAUUAUUUGAGGAACGAAGCAAGCUAGCCGGUGCUACUUAGUGGUAGCUAACGUCGAGCAGGGUAGCAAGCUAGUUGGUAGUUAGCUAGCCAGUAAGCAAGAGCAACUCAGCAGGGCUUCAUCAUUAAACAGAGAGCUCAGCGACUGUCAGCAUGGAGAAUAAAUAUAACCUCAAGAGUCCAGCAGUAAAAAGGCUGAUGAAAGAGGCUGCUGAACUGAGGGAUCCCACAGAGCACUACCACGCACAGCCACUGGAAGAUAACCUCUUUGAAUGGCACUUCUCCGUACGCGGGCCCCCAGAUUCCGAUUUCGAUGGCGGGGUUUACCACGGCAGAAUCGUGCUUCCCCCAGAAUACCCUAUGAAGCCCCCAAGCAUUAUCCUCCUCACACCAAAUGGAAGAUUCGAAGUAGGGAAGAAGAUCUGCUUGAGCAUCUCUGGCCACCAUCCAGAAACCUGGCAACCCUCUUGGAGCAUUCGAACUGCACUAAUAGCUAUUAUUGGAUUCAUGCCAACAAAAGGAGAAGGAGCAAUAGGAUCUCUUGAUUAUACCCCAGAAGAGAGGAGGGCCCUCGCCAAAAAGUCCCAGGACUUCUGCUGUGAGACGUGUGGCUGCUCCAUGCGCUCUGCCCUCCUGGCUCUGACUGCCAACAGCAACCCCAGCGCAGAGGACCACAAGGCUAAAGAACUGGCCCAGCAAAUCAACUUCAAGGAAGAGUCCAGUAUAUCCAGGCAGGCAAGUGAGAGCGGAGGUGCAGAGAGCGAGCCUUCCACACCCAACCAGGGAGACACCUCCACGUCUGCAGGCCAGGAAGCUGCUGACAGUCCCCAGGCUGAACAGGCAGAGCCUUCUACCAUCACAGGGGUAGAGGAACCCCGGGCCCCUGCAGCCCCCAGCACUGAUCGCCCUCUCAGCCCCCGGCAGCGUCGUGCUCAACAGCACAGCCAGCAGGGCCAGAGAGAGGGUAGAGAUCCAGCCAGCAGGCCAGCCUUCGCCCCAGCUGCUCGCCAGCCUCAGGAUGAAAGCCACGCAGGCUCUGCAGUCCUCAUUGUGUUGCUCACUCUGGCUCUGGCUGCACUCAUCUUCCGCAGGAUCUACCUGGCUCAAGAGUACAAGUUUGAUUACGAGCUGUGACCAGUGAGGCUGUCACCCCUCUUACCCUCGACUCAGCCCUUCCUGCUUCCACCCAUACAGAACUAUGACCCACUUUGAUGGAACCAGAGCCGAGACAGAGUGUGGCGCUGACUUUCUGCCCGCCCUGCUUGGCAGCAGAGGGUUCAGUCUUUGCUGAGGGGGAACUUUUAUUCCGGAGGAGGCGCUCCACACACCACCACACCUCCAGGGUGUCUUUUAAUCAAUGUGAAUUUUACUCUCCAGAGUGUCAUGCAUUUUUAAAAACGGGAAACUUUAUUGUGUUUAUAAUCAGUUCUGCAGCCACACGCACCACUUGUCCUCUUUCCACAUAAUUAUUGUCUAUCCUAGGGCCGCCGGUUGUUCUCAUUAUUUAAUUAAUACUAUGAUAUAUCAAUGUUUAUGGGGGAUUUCUGUUUCAAGGUAAUUAUUUAAUUAGGAAGUAUCUGCACAGUGUGUCCCUGCUUUAAUGACCUCAAACUUUGUGUUUUAAACUUCCUGUUAGGUCAGGCCAGUCACACAAUACAGGGUUCUAUUUUAAUGGUGCAUGUGCAGCAGACGCUGUGUGGGUGUCUUCAGUUGCUGAAGCUUUGGUUCAUAUAGAUGUCGUUGGUAUUUAUGGAGGACUGAAACUGGCCAAAUCCGAAAUGAAUUAAGUAAAUGGCUAAAUAAGUAUGCCAAAAAAUGCAGCAAAACAAUAUUGAACAUACAGUCACAGUCAAAAGUUUAGAUACACAUUGUAAAGAACAUGUACAUCACAUAAAUAUUUUUUGGUUUCAUGUGACUACAGUUUUCCUCCACAAGGUUUUUUUCUUUGUCCAUGUGAUCGGCAGCAAACUUCAGUCCAGCUUCAAGGUGCUGCUCUGACCUGUGGCCAUUUGCUGCAUGUCACCCCCCCACUCUCAUCAUAUUUCCUGUCAUUUCUUAAAAAAAGUCAUCAGCUGUUAUCAAUCAUAAUCAUGCAGAAGAAGUUAAGAGACCAUGCUACUACGAAAAUUUGAUUCACGCAACUUUAUAUCAUCACCAAUGUGAUCAUUCAAUUUGCUGCCUGUGUAUUUAUGAUCCAGCAGAUUUGGUCACAUUUUCAGGAGACCUGUAAUAAAUUCAUUACUGAAUCAAACUUCAGGGAUGUUUUUGUGACAAAUAGUUUGUGUUCCACACAUUAAAAAAAAAUGAAAUUCAUAUUUCUUCUUUAAUUUGCAUCUAUUUAUUUCCCCAUAGAGCCAUUUAUUUAUUUCUUCAUUUCUGAUUUUGGCAGUUUCAGUCCUCCACAGUUGAUUUUAUUGAACUGAAUUGUAAAUGGUCACAUCAUAUUGUAAUUGAUGUGAUAUAGCAACAUUGUGCAUUACCAUAGUAGAACAUGACAUUUUGAAAAAGUUGGAUUAUGGCACGGAUGCAAAGGAUUGAUGAGCUCUGGCAAAGUGCUGUCCCUGAACAGGCACGGUUCUGGCAAAUGUUUGACCAAUCAUAUGUGUGUAGAGGUGUGUUUGGCUAUGUCUUUCAAAUAAUCACAGGCUGCAGAUUUAUCAAUAUACAGUAUGUGUCCUGCUUACCUCAGACGGCUGCAGGGAUUCAAUAAACUGAAGCAGAAGCUUUACAAUACAAA